AUGACAGAUUCACAAACUACAAUUGCUUCGUUAAGAGAGCUAAAUUCCAAACUUAAAGUUGAAAUUACCGAACUUAGAAAAAAAUAUAGUAAGGUUGAAGCUGAGAACAUGAAGCUAAGGCAGAUUAUAAAAGAAAAUACAAAACGUGAUGCUAGAGUUGAGGAACUAGAGCAAAAGAAUAUAGAACUUGAGAUCAGACUUGUUAUAUUAGAGCAGGAAGAAAAAGGUAUUUCUACAAAAGAUGCUUUGCAAUCUCUAAUAAUCUCAUGUAAUGAGGAGUCUAACAUAUCUAGCCAUGAAGUGACUACCUCUGGCAAUUCUGAUACACAUCAGGAAUUAGAGACCUUCACAUCUCCUACCUCUGUGAAAACCAUAUCAUUGGAAGAGAAAGAAGAAAAUGAAUUUCUGGAUUCAAUGUAUAAGGAACAGUCAUCUUUAUUGCAAACUGAAGUGUCUGAAUUAAAACAGGACAAUGAAAUUAAUAAAAACCAAAUUGUUGAACAUGAUUUAAUACAAAAAUUGCAUUUACCUACUAAAGAAAACGAUAGUUCUAUCAAAAUUGGAAAUGAUCAGACUAAUGCAAAGGUGAGCACUUCAUCUAACUCAACUCAUGGCUAUGCUUAUUUUCAUAAUAAAAUAUUAGGUCGAUAUCCUGAUAUAUAUAGAGAAUUUAGUAGUAAAAAAUUCAAUUAUUAUGAAAUUAUUGAUAAGUCAUUAUGUCCAAUAUGCAAGUUGAAUCAUAGAGAUGAGAAAAGUAUAAGAGAUAAAUAUGAAGCUGGAUCUUAUUUUAUUAAAUAUGAACAACAAGAAAUUGAAAUAAUUGUCAAGAUAUUAACUGAUGACUAUUGCAAAUGGCAUGCUAAUUUAGUUGAUUUACCAAGUUUUCAGACAGAAAAAAUUCAUUCUAGAUUAUAUAGAGCAUACACAGAAGAGACUAAACUGGAUCCUUAG